AGCAGCUCAACUCAUCCCUAACCACAGCAUCACAGAAGAAGAAAUGGCCCAGAUGAGAGCCCCUGUGAUUGUACUGCUGGUGCUACUGGCUUUGGGGGUCUUUGCUAAGGAAACUUCUGCAGCUAAACAACCACGUCGUAGGAGAGGAUGCUGUGAGAGUUAUACUCCUCGUAAAAUACCUUUUGCAGUUAUCGAAGGCUAUACACUACAGACCAUAUCAGAAACCUGCCGUAUCUUUGCCAUCAGGUUCCACACUGAAAAGGGUAAGGAUGUGUGUGCAGACCCAGACAAGAACUGGGUGAAAGAGCACGUCAGCCGACUGGGGACCAAAGCGGCUCACAUCAAGACCUCACAGGCCAAAUCCAACGAUGACAUCACAACUAUCAGAGGGGGACUCAGGGUAUAAAGGAACAGUACGCAGUCAGAAACUGAACACAACACCCACUGUUAAUCUGUCCUCUCAGCACCAAGAAUAAAAUCAAUGACAAGGGUGUCACAAGACCUGUUUCUUCUAAAUUCUAUAUUUUCUGGGAUGAUUUUAUGUGAAUAUAUUUUGUAAAUAUGAAGGAUAUUGUUAUAAUACAAUUUUUUUAUAUACAAGAGGCUUAUGAUCUCAUUGUGAGAC